UAUAAAACCAAACUGAGGCCAUUAAUCCUAUUGAAUUAUAAUGUCUGCGCUCGUCAUGUUAAAAUCACAAGUAGUAUUACCAAUAUAUUAGCAUUUUUUAGUUUAGCUAGUGGUUAAAAAACACGUGUUAACACUAGAACUUGGAUGAAGGUGUGGAAUGUGUAUGUCGUAUUGAUAAGUCAUAAAUCGUUACUUUACGGAGACACGGACAAAACAACGAACCUGUUUGAAUUAUUUCUGAUUCUGGAAUUAUUAUGAUUUGCUGUUCUACUACAGAGUUCACGUUUAUAAACUAAUAUUCUGUCCGAUCGGGAGAGAAUAAUCCGGACGUUCGUGUUUCUGUAGAAACCUUUGUAACAAUUAUGGAUUUUUAUCGGUACGUGUUGGCCAUUUUUCUCAUAUGGACGUUCACAACAGUACACACAGGUGAGGCAAUAGACUGUUGGCUAUGUACCAGCGAUGACGCCGGAUGUGGAGAGACCAUUGAUGAGACGACCCUUCAAGACAACCGGAAGACAGCAUCCGGAUGCGCGGCAUGUGGGAAAUCCUUUCUGUCUCUAGGCACAUCAUUUUCAAGCGUCGAACGAACCUGCCUCACAUCAGCAUCAGAUACCUGUAUUAACAAACUGGGCUACGGAGAAUGUACGUGCUCGACAACGUUCUGCAACGGACAAUCCCGGACUUCAACGAGUUCCACCUUCGUUCUUAACGUCUGCCUAGCUGUCUUUCUUAUUUUGAAAUUGGCGCUUAAAUAGACCCUGCUAUUAUGUACAAAAAGAAAAUCUGUGAUAACCGGAAAUGGACAAAACCGGAAGUUAUAUGUGUUAAUUAAUGGAGGAAGAUUAUUGACGAUACAGUUAUCAACUGUAACACAUAUUUUCACUUUGCCCAGUUUUGUUAGAUAUAACGUAAUGAAUUUGAAAAUUAAACUGAUAGUAGUUUUAUUUCAUGAAGUAUGAAAUGGAAUCCUAGAUGAACAUAGAUAUUGUUUUUUAAACAAUGAUGUAUUGUACAUUACUCUUACCAACGAAUUCGGAAGGAGAAUUGACAAUCUCUUCUUUAAACAUGAGGACAGAUGAAUUUUAAGUUGAUAUACAAAAAAUGGUGUUUGUCAUCAAAAUACGUGUCAUUGUUUUCUUUAUCACAACUUUAUGUUAUACAUAGCUUAUCUUGAAUAAUGAUAUACAAGCGAAGGAUGUAUUUUUUCAUAUUUUCUACCCUCGAGUAUUAAGUAUUACUGAAUUAAAUGUGAUAUCAUUAAGCCUAUUUAUAAAAUUAAUGUUUUUAUACAAUAAAAACACUAAUUUUGCAUUUA